UAUUGUUUGAGGAAUGUUUGGAUGGUUCUAGUAAGAUGGAUAAGGCCUACAAGAAUGGAAAGAUAUGGACUCAUCAACCAUAUGGGUCCAUCAAAUUAGAACCUUGGUUGAUCUUUCCAGACAAGUCCACUUUCCUAGAUGUUUUGAGGAGUUUUUGCAUACAAGAGGGGUUUGGACUAAGUGUUGAGAGGGCUGACAGUAAGAGGUACACUGCAGUGUGUGCAAUAGAAACUUGUGACUGGAGGAUACAUGCAAGUAAGAUGUUUGACAGUGUCAGUUGGGCUAUUAAGGGGAUCAGUGGGUGCCACAAAACUUGUGGGAGAUUGGAGGAGAACCCUGUGGUGACCUCUGAGUGGCUAUGUAAGAACAUGAUGAGUCUAAUUGAGGCCAACACUGAAAUUCCUGUUGAGACAUUGAGAAGGUAUGCACAGGAGACAUUUCAAUUGAGGGUUAAAAAGAGAUUGUUGUACAAAGUAAGGAGUAUGGCAGUAGAGAAGAUACAUGGUGGUUGGGCUGAGGCUUAUGAGUUGCUUCCUAGGUAUGCUGAGAUGAUUAAACAGACAAACCCAGGAAGUUAUGCACUGAUUUCAUGGGGUGCUACAAGUGGGGAUGUGAACCCCAAGUUCAGAGCUUGUUUCUUCUCCUUUGCUGCUCAAGUCAAGGGUUUUUUGAGGGGGUGCAGGCCUAUAAUUGGAAUAGAUGGGGCUCAUCUAAGUGGGUUUUACAAGGGAAUCCUACUCACAGCUGUUGGCAUUGAUGGGAACAAUGAAAUAUUUGUUCUGGCUUAUGGGAUAGUGGACACUGAGAGCUGUGAUAGUUGGACACAUUUCAUGAGAUGCUUGAGGCAGAUGUUUGAGCAAGAGGGUUGCAACAAAGAUGAUUGGACCUUCAUCAGUGACAGGAUGAAGGGAGUUGACUUGGCAGUGAGAGAUACUUUUCCUAGAGCUACUAGGAGAGUUUGCUGCCAACACUUGUACAUGAAUUGCAAAAACAAUGGAUUUAGUGGAUCUGCUUUCUUCAAACUGUUUUGGAUAGCUGCAAAUGCACACAAUGAGUAUGUGUAUGGUAAAGCAUUAGAGAAGAUCACUGCUCAUGAUCCAAAUGCUGCUGCAUACUUGGACACAUGCCAGGAGCAGUGGUCCAGGCAUAUGUUUGACCCUGCUGUUUGUUGUGAUCACAACACAACAAACUUUGUGGAGUCAUUCAAUGCAUGCACAAAACCAUACAGAGACAUGCCUGUAUUCUCAUUGUUGGAAGCAAUCAGAAAGUGGUGUAUGGAGAGGGUUGGGGCAAGAUUUGACAUGGCAAUUGAUAUGGAGGAUGGUCAGUUGACUGAGUAUGCCAAGAAAGAGGUGGAUGAAAGAACAGGAGAGUCUAGGUUCUGCUAUGCUACAGCCUGUGGUGGGGGGGAAUUUGAGGUCAGAGAUGCACAUGUGAACUUCCCCAUCAGGUUAUCAACUAGAAGCUGUGGGUGUGGGAAGUGGCAAAUUUCUGGAAUCCCCUGCAAGCAUGCACUCAGGGUGAUUUAUGACCAAAGGCUGAACCCCAUUGAUUUUGUCUCCCCAUUCUUCAAGUCUGCUGCAUACAAGCUUACAUAUGCAGACCACAUUCACCCCAUGUCAGACCCAACACAGUGGCCUAACUUUUCUCUCCCUACCAUUCAGCCUCCAGUCAUCAAAAGACAAGCUGGCAGACCUGCUAAGAAGAGAAAGAGAGGACCAAAUGAACCCAGGAAGGGGAAGAGAAACAGCAAUGUGAAAUGUGGAAAGUGCAGGGAGUUUGGUCAUAACUCAAGGACAUGUAAGAAUGGAGGACCAAGCACUGGACCAAGCACUUCAGCAGCAGCAGGAGCAAGUACAUCACAAGGGGGUUCAAGGGGGAGGAAAAGAGCAAACACAGCAACUUAACCAUGCACAAAGUUAAAAGUUAGUCAGUUUUUGGUGAAUUGUAGGUGCACAAAGUUAAAAUAGCUUAGGCAAUUUACAAUUAGUAUCACUUUUUGGAAAGAACACAAUUGCUUAGACAAGAUGUUUUUGUGCAGUUUCAGUGGCAUUUGUCCACUUAGAAAUCAGUUUUUGUAAAGCUCAUAUGCUUAAACAAGUGAUGUUCUUGCUUGAAAUUUGUUACAACUCUACUUCAUUGCUAUCCAAAUUAGAAAUGCAAACAUUAUUACACCAAUUUUUAUUGCAAACUUGAAUUGUUGUUUCUGUUGUUUCAGUUUCUUCUUCAAUAGCUUCAACUCUUCAUGCAUUCCCCUGCUUCCUUCUUGCAUUCCCCUGUUUUCUUCUUGCAUUCCCCUGUUUUCAUCAGCUCUGUUUCCCUUGCUUUGAGCUUCAUCAAAUGUCUGCUCAACAAAACCUUUGCACCACUUGAAAUUAUCACAAGAAUCACACUUGUAGUAAAGCUUUUGCGGAUUUUUAGCCGUUUCCGAGCUCCUAAUUGCAAAUCUUCUCCCACAAUUGCAGUUUUUAUUUGGAACUCUUAGGUAUGACAAACUUGGGAUGGAAGAGGAUCCGGUUUUUGAAUUAGAACUCAUGGCUAUUUAGGAAAUAGAGGGCUAAACAUGGAGCAAGUCAAGUGAACAACAGCCUUACUUAUAGGCAGCAUGAACAUAACGGCUAUAUUGAAUUAAAACUAGUCGUUGGAUUCAAAUUAUGAAGUUUGGGUAUUUGGUGCAAAGAACUUUACAAAUAGGUGUAUACUAUGCAAAACCUUUAUAUUUAGGUGCAUUUUAUGAAUUUUAAACAUGACUUAACGGAGGACUAACGGAAAGUCAUAAUAGGGGUAUUUGGUGAACAGUUUUGAGUAAAUAGGGGUAUUUUAUGAAUUUUGAAACGCGCAGGUGUAUUUGGUGCAUUAUUGCAAACC